AGCACUUUGUGACUGUUGAUACACUGUAGUGAGUUCCAACUCUUUAACUUUAUUAACAGCCUUGUGAGGACUUUCCCUAAACUAACAAUAUCCUGAUUUUGUGCAAGGCGCCUGCGCAUCCAAAUUCCACCGUCUUGAAUAUUUAUCUCCACUUUCCCCGAACCCUCUUUUACAGUAUGAAGUGCAGUUAUGGCAAGGAGUAGCAAGUCAGUAGCGAGGACCCUGGAGGAUUUGACGCUAGACUCGGGUUAUGGUGGAGCCGCGGACUCCUUUAGAUCUUCCAGUGCGUCGCUGUGUUGCUCAGAGGCACAUGGGGCGAAUUACUGGCAUUUAACCGACUCGAUGCACAGUCGACACAACAGUCUGGACACUGUUAACACGGUCCUGGUCGAAGACGCCGAGAUCCUGGAGUGCACCGGGCAGUGCGCUAAACUACCCGAGCUUGAGGAUGUGCCGUGGAGCCUCGGGGAAGUGGCGAGCGCACUGAGCAGGGACGAAGAGAUGAGCUUGCCGACCCCCCCGCAGGACGUCCUGCUCAGGCUCUCUGUGCUGGUCAGCCGGGCCCUGGUCCGGGUCGCCAAGGAGGCGCAGCGCCUGAGUUUGCGCUACGCCAAAUGCACCAAAUAUGAGAUCCAAAGUGCCAUAAAGAUGGUCCUGUCGUGGACCGUGUCGAUAAACUGCAUCAGCUCGGCCCUCAGUGCCUUGUCUCUGUACAACAUGAGCACGGAGGAGGAUAAGUUCAGCCGCGGCAAGUCCGUGCGUUGCGGACUCAUCUUCAAUGUGGGGAAGUUCUUCAGGUGGAUGGUGGACAGUAGAGUUGCGGUGAGGAUCCACGAACACGCGGCCAUCUACCUGGCUGCGUGCAUGGAGAGCCUCUUCCGUGAGGUGUACGCGCGGGUGUUACGCAGUGCGUUGCUGGAGCGGGAUAACGGGAUCCCUAAAUUCACCGUGGAGACCCUGGAGCAGGCCGUCAACGGGGAUGCAGAGAUAUGGGGGUCUCUACAGCUCUGGCAUCACCUGAUCUGUGGGAAAAAUGCAAGUGGUGUCCUCAGCCUACCUGAGGGUCUGACUCUUCUCAGAGAUCAGCAGCAGCAGCAGCGAGCAGGGAAGAGUGCAGAGGCAAACACCCACAGUCAGUCUGAGCUGCGGUCCAUUGAACAAUGCUUACUGGCCACAAGAGUGGGCAGCAUCUCUGAACUCAGUGACCUGGUGUCUCGGGCUAUGCACCACCUACAGCCACUGUACAUGAAGAACCACAAUAACGGGACACCGAUUCACCAGAAGAGCGGUGUGAUUCACUGGUCUCCUGAGGCGAUCUACACUCUGUGUUACUUCAUGCACUGUCCUCAGAUGGAGUGGGAGAACCCCAACAUUGAGCCGUCAAAGGUUACCUUACAAACAGAGAGGCCCUUCAUGGUGCUGCCACCUCUGAUGGAGUGGGUGCGUGUGGCAGUAGUUCACACAGAACACAGACGCAGCUUCUCUGUGGACAGCGAUGAUGUUCGGCAGGCGGCCAGACUGCUGCUGCCUGGAGUGGACUGUGAGCCCCGCCAGCUCCGAACGGAUGACUGCUUCUGUGCCUCAAGGAAACUGGAUGCUGCUUCAACUGAGGCAAAGUUCCUACAGGACCUGGGCUUCCGCAUGCUCAGCUGUGGACGCACAGACCUGGUGAAGCAGGCUGUCAACCUGCUUGGACCGGAUGGUAUCAACAGCAUGAGCGAGCAGGGAAUGACCCCGCUGAUGUACGCCUGCGUCCGUGGAGACGAGGCCAUGGUACAAAUGCUGCUGGAUGCAGGAGCUGACAUUAACAGCGAGGUGCCAAACUCAGUGCACAAGCACCCCUCAGUCUUUCCCGAAACGCGGCAGGCGACGCCCCUCACUUUCGCUGUGUUACACGGACAUGUGCCUGUGGUGCAGCUGCUGCUGGAUGCCAAAGCCAACGUGGAGGGGUCCCUGCAAGACGGGAUGGAGAACUACACCGAGACCCCACUGCAGCUGGCGGCUGCUGCAGGUAACUUUGAACUAGUGAGUUUACUGUUGGAACGGGGAGCGGACCCCAUGGUGGGAACCAUGUACCGUAAUGGCAUUUCCACCGCUCCACAGGGCGACAUGAACUCCUACAGCCUGGCAGCCGCACAUGGACACAGAAAUGUUUUCCGUAAGCUGUUAUCACAUACAGAGAAGGGAAAAGGAGAUGUCUUGUCCCUGGAAGAGAUUCUUGCAGAGGGUUCAGAGCUGGAGGAGAGAACUCCGUCUCAGAUCGACCUGAUACGAACUGGGAAGGCCAAACUUAAAGCCCUGAAAGAAGCCAUGUAUCACAGUGCAGAACACGGUCACGUCGAUAUCACCAUAGAUAUACGAAGCCUGGGUGUGCCGUGGACUUUGCACACUUGGCUUGAGUCUCUGCGUACAUGCUUCCAUCAGCACCGCCGGCCACUCAUCCAGGGUCUUCUAAAAGAGUUCAGCUGCAUCGAGGAAGAAGAGUACACUGAGGAGCUCAUUACACAUGGUCUGCCUCUCAUGUUCCAGAUCCUUAGAGCCAGCAAGAAUGAGGUGAUUAGCCAGCAGCUGUCUGCAAUCUUCACCCAGUGUUAUGGCCCGUACCCCAUCCCAAAACUCGCAGAGAUUAAGAGGAAGCAGUCGUCACGCCUGGAUCCUCACUUCUUGAACAAUAAAGAGAUGUCAGACGUGACCUUUUUGGUAGAAGGGAAGCCUUUUUACGCCCACAAAGUCCUGCUCUUCACAGCCUCUAACAGGUUCAAAUCUCUUCUAGCAAACAGACCUUGUGGUGAAAACACGUGCAUUGAAAUCAGCAAUGUCAAAUAUCACAUUUUCCAGCUGGUCAUGCAGUAUCUCUACUGUGGAGGAACUGAAGCUCUGCACAUCAGGAACACUGACAUUAUGGAGCUUCUAUCUGCUGCCAAGUUCUUCCAGUUGGAGGCGCUGCAGAGGCACUGCGAGAUUAUCUGCUCCAAGAACAUCAACACUGAAACGUGUGUAGAGAUCUACAACCACACCAAGUUUCUUGAUGCUCCAGACUUGGCGUCCUACAUCGAGGGGUACUUCCUGAAAAACAUGGUAGUCCUUAUCGAGUUGGAUCCGUUCAAACAGCUGCUCUAUGACGCGCCUCCUGAUAGCCCCGGCUGCGACAUCCUACAGGACCUGGAAAAAACUCUGGCUAUUCGUAUUCAGUCCAUUCACCUGUCGUCCUCCAAAGGAUCAAUCGUCUGAGCUCCUGUGCUUCUGGGAACAAUGAAUAUUUAUCAGAGAGAAGGCACUGUAUUGAGAUGUGUCUACGUGAUAGAUGAUCUUAAAUGAAAGAGAAAAAUUAGGGAGCUUAGAAAAUUGGACUAGACUGCGAUCUUUAUGUCUGUGGAGCUCAUCAGUUGCUAAUAUAUGCUUCUUAUUAUCUUAGCACAGAUGGUUACAAGUCUGUCUGCCUUGUUGAUAUCUGUCUACUAUGACUUACAGUUACAUACAAUGACAGUCAUGAGAUAGCUGUAUUAUGCCACAGUUUGCCAUACUUCACUGUACCAAUGUCCCUAAGUAGUACAAUAAAUGUGUUACGUGUUAAACUGAACAUCUCUGGUGGGACUGCAGAGGCCCAAUGAAGACAAAGCUGCAGGAGGGGAAUCAACAUCAACUGUUAAAGCGUAUAAUUGACUUCAUUUUAAUGUGAUAAGCCAUGAGUGUCUCUCUCCCUGGCUGUAGGGGGGAAGAACUGCCACCUCAUGUGAUUAUUUGCUUAAACAUCUGGAUGUGUACAGACUUAUUCAUUUGUAAAUUUGUCAUUCACUUAGAGUUUUCUCUCUGAAGCCAAACAAUAUGAACAACUGACUGAAUCUGAAAGAGGGACAUUUCAACAGAGCAGCUGGAUUGGAAAAAUAACUUUUUCCAUCCCUCCCUGCUAAAUGUGUAAAUAUUGUUGAUAAGAAAACAGAGCUAUUGAUAAUGUAAGUUAAUGUAUAUAUUCGCAGAUGUUUUCUCAUGUGUCUUACUGUUGAAUAUCGCUGUAUAAAAAGAAGCUCAUCUUUUAAAAAAUGUAGGUUUAAAUGUUGCAUGUCAGAGGGAUGACUGUGUCUUCUGGUUUUUUCUGUCUGAGCUGUAGGAGCUGCUUUCACACACUGCUAAGGCCGAGAGUUUAUUGAGAAUUAUUUUGUCAUUAGCAUGGGUCACUAAAUGUGUAGCAGUUAAAUGGCAUCUUCAUUUUCUGUGUGAAAGGCUCCGGGCCUGUUUAGUCCUGUACUGGAAACAUUACGCCGUUGGCUGUUUUUCUCGGGAUUGUGAAACCACAUGACUUGUAUAUGUGUGACUUUCCUCUAUAAAGAUUAAUAUAAG